AACCCUUUACAGUCAAAAGAGAUAUAAAGUACUUCUGUUCUAUUAACUCCUACUAUCUGUUUAUGACACAAGCCCUGGCACUAAUGGAUCUGGAGAGCCCCAUCCCCCUUAGACAGCAGUCCCAUGUCCCCUUCCCCUCUUAGAUGGGGCAGAAACCAGUACUGGACCUUGCUGAAGGUGUUUCAUAUUGAUGUUGUGAUGGACAAUGGUGCUGUUCAGUAGGAGGCAGCCUCAUUUUGGUGGUUUACAACAGUGUCCCUGUUGUACCUCACUGCAUGCCAAACCUCUUCAUUAACUGACUGUUAUGGCUCUGUAUUUCUUAGUGGCAAACACGUAGAUGGCAGGAAUGGGGUGAUAAGGCUAAAAAGGGCUAUACAGCACAAGUCUGACUUUCUGUAUUUCAGCAUGUUCUUAAGCAAAUCACCCAUGCCCCAUCACUGCGACAGGGUCCAGCAACACAUGGGCUGUCUCUCGUUGUUGUUUUUUAAAAUUACCACAAUCACACAGUUUGAGAGAUGGAAACCUGUUGAAUGUUAACAAAUCAGGCCCCAAAGGAAUAUUUGUUAGUAAAUGACUUUAAAAAAGAUCUAGACCUUCUCAGGAGGAGGCUGGGGAGGAAGCAGCUUGUUUCCUUGAAAAAAAUGUAGUUGACGCUAGUGCUAGACAUGUCCUAGAAUAAUCCGUUUUAUGUGCAUUGCAGACAUGCCUGCUUGCUGUAUCUGCACCCAUCGCACCUCCACAGCCAGUAGCAGCAGGGGGGAACGUUGGCACAGACCAGCCCCCUUGUCACCUACUACUUACUCAGAGCCGGUUUAGGCUCUCUGGUGGCAGAAACAGCUGCAGGCAAACCCCAAUAGCUCUCUGGUAUGCUAAACAAGCAGUGUAUGUGCCCCAAAAGGCCUCAAGUAGAGAAGAGUUCUGAAAUACUAAGCUGUAGCCCAAAGGGCAGCAGGCAGCUGAUGUCACAAUCAGUGAGGUCAGUGGCAUGAAAGUUCCAAAAUUACCCCUGGUAUUUCUCGGCUUGCCAUGGCUUCUGCCAGCACUGUCAAAGGGAAUCCACAUCCAUGACAAAAGGAAAGGAAAUGUCUGUCAAAGGAAGCACCAGUUCUGUAGCAGUAGCAACAAUCCAGGAAGGUCCUGCAAAACGGGCGGUACUGGUUAGGGCCAGUAAAAAGCCUCCAGAGGAUAGCGCGUCAUCAACUCAGGGAAGCCCCAAGAUUGUGAAGGCGACUAGAGCAGUGAUCAUAGACAUUGGCACAGGUUACUGUAAGUGUGGAUUUGCUGGAGAGCCUCGUCCCUCCCAUGUUAUUUCAUCUACAGUGGGCAAGCAUUUCCAAGAGACUGCUAAAACGGGGGACAAUCGCAAAGAAAGCUUUGUUGGAAAAGAACUUCAGGAUGUGAAAAUACCGCUAAAACUGGUCAACCCCUUGAGACAUGGCAUAGUGGUUGACUGGGAUUGUGUCCAAGACAUUUGGGAAUACAUUUUCCACAAAGAGAUGAAGAUUCAGCCAGAGGAGCAUGCUGUACUGGUAUCAGACCCUCCACUGAGUCCUACCACCAACAGGGAGAAAUAUGCUGAGAUGCUGUUUGAAACGUUCUGCACUCCUGCCAUGCAUAUCGCCUACCAGUCCAGAUUAUCUAUGUAUUCAUACGGAAAGACCUCCGCUCUUGUGGUAGAAAGUGGCCAUGGUGUUUCAUAUGUGGUCCCUAUCUAUGAAGGUUAUACUAUGCCAAGCAUUACUGGACGUGUAGACUAUGCUGGAUCAGACCUUACCCAGUACCUCAUGAAGUUAUUAAAUGAGGCGGGGAAAACAUUUACUGGGGAACAACUAAGUGUGAUAGAAGACAUCAAGGAAAAAUGUUGCUAUACGUCUCUGGACCUUCAGCAUGACAUGAGUUUGCCUCUCCGGAAACAGCAGGUUGAUUAUGAACUUCCAGAUGGGCACCUAAUUCCCAUUGGCAAAGAGAGAUUCCUGUGUGCUGAAAUGCUCUUUAAACCAUCCUUGAUAGGAUCACAGCAGCCAGCGCUUCCAUUGCUGACAAUGACCUGCCUCAAUAAAUGUGACGUUGAUCUCAAGAAGAAGCUGAUGGGCAAUAUCUUGCUGUGCGGAGGUUGUACCAUGCUGAGGGGUUUCCCUGACCGCUUCCAGAGCGACCUGACCAAGAUGUGCCCCAAUGAUAACCCCAUUGCAGCAGCAUCCCCUGAGAGAAAGUCUUCUGUCUGGACUGGAGGGUCAAUUUUGGCAUCACUCAAGGCCUUUCAGCAGCUCUGGGUUUACAGAAGAGAAUAUGAAGAACAGGGUCCUUUCUUCAUCUACAGGAAAUGCUUUUGAGUACAGAGUGGACAGGAUUGAGCUUAAAAUCAUUACUGCCACCCAGAGGGGACUGUAGAUGUCUGAGAACCUCUGUUUCUUUCUUAGAUACUGGUAACAAACCGAGCUGCUAAACUGGAGUUUGGAUCUGUGUUCCACUGUGGCUGUAUUAAACGUUCAUAGCAUUCUGUGUUGUACAUUAACAACUUUUAUCUCACUGUUUCAUACGAAUUUUCACAGUAGCCUAUUUGACAAAAGAGGAUUUACCACUAUCAAAGGGACAGAGCAGCUGGUUCAGUCCCAUUGUCUAUUGCAGUGGUUUUCAGCCUGUGGUCCGGGGACACAGACUGUCUAAGAUUUUCAAAGGGCUCCCCACCUCCAUUUGAUUUUUUUUUUUACGGAUCUGCAAAUGAAAAAAGGUUAAACCCCUGAUUAAGUGAUAUAGAAAAACAGCACCACUUCCAGGAUCUACAGUGAGUCUGCUGCUGACCACCAGCUAUGGUUGCAAUGAAAUUUUUCUAACUAAUAGGUUACCCCUUAGUGCCCAAAAUGGGUCUGGGCUCGUAGACUAGAGUUUCAGAUUCACUGAACAUGUAGUUCCAUGGUCCACUCAAGGUCUCCAGCAAUCCCCUGGCUCUGGGCAGGGACCUUUGUCCUACUCUUUUUUUGGGGGGGGGCGCAGAGGGGCAGCUUAAGGGUGCACAGCCCCUGCCUUAUGUUGUGAUAUCCUCAACAAGCCAGUCUGCCUAAGGGUCUGCACCUGCGCAUUGCUUUCUUUGAGGCCUAUGAACAGUGCAUAGUCAGCACUUACAAGUUACCACACAGCUCCUUCGAAGCAAGCACGUUUAUUCUUAAGGUAAAACAAUUACAGCUGAAACAUCAUAAAAAAAACAAUAGCUGGAUUUAAACACACUCUGUAGGGCCCUAGUACGCUGAAGUCUUUUCAACCCUUCCACAAGGGUUGAGGCCCCCCUGGAGAGAAGGUCUUGUUCAUUUGCUGGAUUAGAAAGAAGGCCCUGUGGCAGUUUAGAUGCAGCCCUUCUACACCAGAAGCCCUUUUCUUUGUCUGCUGCUCUCAGGAAAACCCAGUAGCUGCAAGCCGUCAGUUACCGGGGGUGGUGUGGCUUGAGUGAGUCCCGCUAAUCACUCUCCCAGGUGUAGAGCUGGGGCAACCCUUCCCUGUGGAGCUGCACACAGGCCCUGGCCCUGUAGUCCAUAAACCAUUCAUAACCUACAUGCAGUUGCCAUGUCUGUCCCCUUCAGGCUGUGGAGUCCCAGUGGAAUUCUGCACAGGAGAUUUGCUAGCUGUAGAUUUAUUCUGUGAGCCUGAUGAAAAUGGUAAGUCACUGGUACCUGGCUUGUGUGCGCCAGGGAGAACAUUCAUAGACCCCAGCUAUGUGAAAGCUCACGUCUGUAUCCAGGAGGCUGUGGACAGUCUGAUCUGAAGUGCUCAUGCAAAACAACAUUUGUCCAACAAAAAGACUCAGGGCAGUUUGGGGACACAGUUUAAGCAAUAUCUUUAUUAUGCUCUGUUUUGGUAAGAGGAGAGGUUGUGUACAGUAAUCACUGACACAGCCAAUGUGCCAUAGUCUGCUCUAACGUACAGCAGUGUAAGCCUAGGGCCAUAUUUGCUGCUGGUGUAAACUGACAUAGAUGCACUGAGGACCUACUUGCCUAGAGUACAGUAGCUCUAUUGCAGUCAAUGGUGUGACAAGACAGCAUUUGGCUAAUGUCUUGUAACAGCCAUCCAACUUUAAACAGCAGAACAAAGCUCAGGGCAGCAGGGAGACUGUUGCUCUGUUCAACAUUCUUAAAAAAAUGCAUCAGCUAGACUAUUAGGGAUACAGGAUCAAAAAGGUAAAACUGGGCUAUUGACAAUGACAAAUGUCUGAACGGUCAUGGCAGCAGUGAGGUACUGCAGGCAGGAAGCCUGGCUUGAGUGAGUGAGUGAGUGAGUGAGUGUGUGUG